AUGACCUUCUCGUCCCCUCUCUCGUCGUGCGCCUCGGCGCUCCAGCGGGCGAUGAAGAGGGUCCACCCCGGCCAGCUGAAGGACUUCAUCCUCCUGAUGCGGGAUAUCUACGGUGCGCCCUUCGUCACGCUGCUCACAAGUGUUUUCCUGGCGGUCAAGGGCAUACUGUGGAGCUUCAUCUGGCUCGGGCAGCUGCCGUAAGCAACCACCCUGGAUCAGACAUGUGUGUCUAUCUGGCCGGCUGGUGGCUCGCUGGCUUUGGGUGGGUCGGAUUGUUCUGAUUGGCGCGGUCAGGUACUACAAGGAGAUCGGCAUCGAUGGGUCGAGCUACCAGACACUGUUCUUCGUCGCCUUGAUGCCAUGGGCGAUGAAGGGUACGUAGAAUGAGGGAGGGGGGACAGGAGUUCAGACACCUUGCUUGUAUCGUGGUGGUGUUGGUCUCUGGAUCGAUCAAAGGGUUGUUUGGAGUGAUGAGCGACGUGCAGCCGUUGUUCGGGUAUCACAAACGGCCCUAUCUGGUGAUCGGCGCCAUCUCAGCCACUGCCGCAGCCCUCCUGCUGGCGGUCCUGCCGAGAGAUGGUGAGACACACCAUGCGUGGAUGGGAAGGGGGUUUCUCCAGCCGCACUGGACUGACUGUUCUUCGUUCAGUUGCUCGCGCCACGCCUCAGAUCGGCGCACUUGGGUUCUUCUUCGUGAGCGUCGGAGUGGCCAUCAUUGACCUCCUCGUCGAAGGUAAGGCAACCAAAACGACAUGACCGCGUUGAUGCUGCCAACCAACCCACCCACCCACCUUGGUUGUGUGUCUCAGCCAAGUAUGCGGAGAUCAUGCGGCAGAAGCACCUGGCUGCACUGGCCGGCGGGACGCCCCAGCUGGCGGUUAAGGACCGCACCGACGGCCCCGUCCCCUCAGAGAUAGAAACCGUCACUGCCACGCCACAAAGGUUUGACAACAAAAGGUGGGGAUGGCGACCGCAUCUCCAUGUCUCUGUUGGUGUGUGUAUGUGCAGUGUGGAGGGAUCAACGGCAGUUGAGGUGGCAGACAGUGAGGGCGACAGCACGGACAAAGACCCGGCGAGCAAGGUCGUCACCUAUGUGUGGAUGUGCACCAUCGUGGGCUGGUUCCUGGCGUCCUGCAUGAUCGGCCCCAUCGCGGACAACUUCAGCGUGCAGCUGGUCUUCUGCGUGGGGCCCUUCCUCGCCGCCCAGGUGCUCAUUCCGAUUCUCAAGGGGUACCUGCCCGAGACACGGCUCCCACCAGGGGAGGCCAACAAGUUCCAGCGAGACAAGUUCCAGAAGGGCAAGGCGGUCUUUGGCCUCGCCUUCGCUACGGCCGUUGUCGCACUGGCACUGGCUCUUGCCGGUGAGGGGAGGGCAUUGUCGCGGCGGCGGGCAUUGAGUGGAGUGAUGUCGUGUUUUUGCAGGGCUGGUGGGUCCGCCUGAGACCAAAUUGGCGGUUGCGGUGGGGGGCUCCUUGAUCCUGCUGCCUCUGGCGUUUCGAGUGCUGCCCUGGAGACUGGCGUGUGUUAACGUGUACCUCUUCGUCUCAGGUGGGUACAUAACAUAUCAGCUGAUUUGAUUGUCGGUGGCGGGACGGGCGAAUUGACUGAUAUAUACCUUCGCGCACCGCACCUGCUGUCCAUGCGAUGCGAUGCGUGUGUCUGCAGAGGCGCUGUAUGUGUCUCUGCAAGGCGCGACUGACUACUGGUACACAGCGGGGCCUGAGUGCGUGCCGGGGGGACCUCAUUUCACGUGGGUAUCACUACUAGUGAUUGUUGGCUGCGGGCGAAUUGGCUAUCCCUUUGGCGUAUGUGUUUGUUAACACAGCUACACCUACUAUCAGUCCUUCGCGCACAUUGGUGAGCUAGCUACCUAUAGCCCGCAAAACACCUCAUUGAUUGGGAUUGGGAUGCGGCCCUUCCCUCCCCUGACUGACAUGCAGUGUCAACAUUUGGGUGCAUGUUGGGUCUGUUUUUCUUCCACUCCUUCAUCCGCAACUGGCGCAUGCGGAAGGCCUUCUGGGCGACGACCAUCAUCAAGACGGCCGCGUGCAGCCUCGACAUCUUCAUUUUGCUCCGGUGGAACGUCCGCGUGGGCAUCCCCGACAAGGUGGCCUUCAUCUUCGGCGACGCCAUGCUGCCGUCCAUCGUGUGGCUGAUGGAGUACAUGCCCGGCCAGCUGCUCGUCUCGAAACUCGCACCGCCCGACAUGUAAGUGCGGUGUGGAGGGAGAGAUAUGGAGGGAGGGGGGGAGCGAGGGCACUGGUUUGUGUACCCGUGUGAAUGUGUGUGUCGGCAGGGAGAGCACCACUUUUGCCAUUUUGGAAGGCUUCCGUAUGUUCGGGUCAACGGUCAGCCGCGCCGUGGGUGUCUACGUGAUCAACCAGGCCGGCAUCAAGACCACGGUAACUUACUUAACCCAACCAAACCAUAUAUCCAAACACAACACCGCAUGAAGCGGGCGGGAAUUCGACACUUUGAUGUGUCCUUCCUCGUCCGUCUUGUGUCUGUCUGCAGCCGCCCGGUUGCGACUUCAGCGCCUUGCCUUUGCUGGUGGUCAUCUGCCAUAUGGCGCUGCCUCUCAUCGCCAUCCCCCUCACAUUCGUCCUCAUCCCCAACAAGUACUUCCACGACCCUCUCGUCGACGUCGCCAAACCCCCGCCCGCCGCCGAUGAGACGCAGGAGUCGUCAUCCGGCAAGAUCGAGAUGGCGGCGGGGACAGACGCGACGACCCAUGACAAGGGCGAUGCCGAGGUGAAGGAGUACGCGAGAGCUGACUCCGUGCUGACCAUCAGUACGACGCACACGCGCCAGGUGGCGUGUGGCGGGGGAGAGGAGGAAGGGGAGAGGGACAGGGAGGGGGAGAGCUGUGUUGACGUCGACAUAUCGUCUUCGGCGGAAUCGUCAUCGCAUGCCCCCACCUCCACACCCACACCGGCGGGCUAGACUACACCACACCACACAGACGGCCGCCCGAAACUCAUCUGGGAGGGGAGGGAAGUGGGGGAACGGCUGGGGGGCUUGUGGGGUGUCAUGUCGAUAUGAUACGGGACCGGAUUGAGGGUCACAUGUUUGUAGUGACGUGAUUGCCGCCCGUUACAUUGAUGAGCGCUGUUGAUGUGGUGUGGCAGGGCAGGCAGUGUCUCGAAGAGACGCCAGUGAACGGAUGGAUGCGUGCAAUGACAUGACAUGAUGAUGUGACCAUGGCCAGGUCAUGAUGUGUUUCCUUCCUGUCAGUCGGAGCAAGCACAGCGGCGACGCGCUUGACACUGCUUUUUUGCCGUCAGGUGGAUGGAUGGAUGGAUGGCAGAGAGAUUUAUGCGUUGUCUAUGUGUGUGUGUGUGUGUGGAUAGAUAGCGUAGCAUCCUGUCGAUGUCGUCCGUACGCAGAGAGAGAGACAGACAGAGGGAGAGAGAGGGAUGUGUCGAUCUUCCUCCAUUCACACAGAGUGUUGUGCGCAUGACGGCGCAACGCUCUCAUUUCAUAGCUGUACAUCCCAU